AUGGAUCCACAAAUAUUUUGUCAAAUCUUAAAAUUGCAGGCUGAUUUAGUUGCCAGCAAAUGGCUUAGUCAACCCGAUUUAACAAGAACGCGAGCAUUUGAGUUUAUAGAUGAUAUGACAAGCAUUUUACAACAAAAAUCGGUUACAAAUUUAAUUCAUAUAGUUCUCUUAAGAUUAUCUCAAUUAGGAGAGAAUUCACAAAAUCUUCAUGCAUUUCAACGAAUGUUUAACGAUUUUCAAAACGUAUUUGCUCAUAUCGAUACAGAGCAUAAAUGUUUAGUUCAUUUUGAAAAAAAUUUAGGAACCUACUUUCCACCUGUAGAAGUUAUUAUCAACAAGGAAGAUUUCUAUAAUAAUCAAGCAAAUAUUUCCGAUCCCGAAAAUGAGAAGGUUUCUUUCCAAUUUUUCCCUAUUCGUGAAACUAUUAAAAAAUUUUUAGAAAUUCCAGGAGUACUUAAAAGUACAUUAUCUUAUCUUGCUGAUCUGGAAAAUGAUGACUCUAUAUUGUUUAAUUUUGUACAAGGUGAACGUUGGAAAAUUAUAAAACGUGAUUAUGAGAAUCGGAUUGUUCUUCCCUUAUUUCUUUACUGGGACGAAUAUGAAACUAACAAUCCACUAGGUAGCCAUAAGGGAAUAGGACAAAUUGGUGCCGUUUAUGUCGUUAUUGCCUGUUUACAUCCUCAGCUACAAUCAAAGGUAGAAAACAUUUUUAUCUUGACAUUGUUCAGAUCUAUUGACUUGGAAAAAGUCCCUCUUCGUAUGUUUUUUACAAAGGGUGUAAAUGAACUGAAUUUUUUGGCAACUUCAGGAAUACCUGUUUCCACUCCAGAUGGUUUCACGGCUAACUACCCAUGCCGAUUUUGUCACGUGAAGAGUUCAGAAAUGAGCACAAUUUUAAAGGAAUCGCAGUGUAAACUUAGAGACGAAACAUCAUACCAAUCUGAUCUGCUUGCAGAUGAUCUUAAAAAAACAGGUGUCGCAAGACAAUCAGCUAUAUCUGAUUUAAAAUCUGGUUCUACCUUGGAACUAAUAGGCGUUGACCCUGCGCAUGAUAUUUUUGAAGGUAUAGUUGAAUAUGAUACUGGAUUAAUUCUUCACCAGUUCAUUGAAAUUGAUGAUUUCUUUACACUAACAGAACUUAAUUCUAGAGUUCAAAAUUUUGAUUACGGGCCAAAUGAAACGAAUAAGCCACGUCCGAUAAAAUUGAACCAGAUAAAAAACAAGCACAUAAAAAUGUCGGCUAGUGAAGCAUUCUGCUUUAUUCGAAAUCUUGGUUUACUGAUUGGAGAUUUAGUACCACGUGCUAAUGAACACUGGGAUCUUUUUAUUACUUUAAGAGAAAUAAUAGAUAUUGUCGUCUCACCAAUUGUUGAUGUUGACAUAUUGAACUACUUAGAAAGCCUAAUAGCAGAAUAUUUAGGAAAGUUGACUUCUUUGUUUAAGGAUUGCGUGAAACCGAAGCAUCAUCUUCUCCCCCACUAUCCUAGAGUAUCAAAGCGUUUUGGUCCUAUAUGGCAUCUGUCAACUUUAAGAUGCGAAAGUAAAAACCGAAUUUCAAAAUUGGCCGCUCAUGCUUCACGUAAUAGACAAAAUAUUACUAAGACUUUAGCUAUUAAAUCUCAGUUGCAGGCUUCUGACAGAUUUUUGCGUAAUGAAAAUUUGGAAUUGAAACUUUAUGAAUAUCAGACUUCAGAAACUCUAAAAGUAACAGACUUGCCAAACAUGCAUUUGUCGCAACAUUUGUCAGAAUGCAGUAUUAAUGAUACCUGGUGA